UGUGCUCGGAUUCGCUAUCCUGUGGAUCAGACGCUCUCGUCUCUAUCCGUCCUCCUUUCUCUUUCUCUCUCCUCCCAUUCAUUCCCCUUUCUCUUUCAUUUCACCAACAAUAGAGAAAGAGAGAGAGAGAGAGAGUUAAUUAUCACACACAACGCAAACAAAGAUCGAUCGUUCUUCGUUCUCAAUUCACGAACGCAGAGGCCGAUCUUGAAAACCAAAACAAAGAAAAAUAAAAAGAAAACAGAAAUCCAAAUCUUUAAUUAAUUUUUAUUAUUCUUCCAAUCCGGCAUGGCGGCGGUGGCGGUGCCGGCGUCGCCCGCGGAUUCGUUGGAUUACUGGCGGAGGUUCUUCCGCAGCGCGGCGGACGCCGACAUCUUCCGGGUGAUCGAGAAGGCGAUCGCGGUCGCCGCCGCAGACUCUCCCGACGAGCUCCGCGCCCGGCGCGCCCGGAUCGCCGAGGCGCUCUACGUCUGCCUCGCGUGCACGUGUUCUACCCGCCGCCGCCUACAUAAUCAUCAUAAUCAAGAAGAAGAAGCCGAUCAAAAGGAGGAGGAGGACGAGGAGGAUGAUCGCCGUGUGGGGAGCAAUUUGAGCUACGACGAGGCGGAGGCGCUCACGGAGGAGAUCGAGGAGGAGAGCCACACGCUCGGAGAGGUUUUGAGAAUCAAGGGCGUUCUCAGCGCCGGCCGGGAGCAGUCGGACGGGGUGCUGUUCGAGUCGCUGAGAAGGCUGCAGCUGAUGGAGCUCUCGGUGCAGACGCUGCAGGCUACUGAAAUUGGGAAGGCGGUUAACGGCCUGAAGAGACACAACUCGAAGCAAAUUCGACACCUCGUGCGCACGCUCAUAGAGGAAUGGAAAGUUUUGGUCGAUGAGUGGAUCAGUGCUACAGCCGCCAUUGCAGAUAACUCUCCCGACUCGAUGAAUCCUUCGACUCUCGAUGAAGAAGAAGGGCUCCCUUUUCCUCCUUUGGACGAGGGGGCUUUAUUGGCUACUCAAACUACUACUAUCCAGCUCUCGAAGUUCUUCGAUGAAAUGGAUGAUGAUGGAAAUUUUAGUAACCAUGUUGAGGCUAGUGAUAAGAGGGAAAAUGAAAGUCGGGCUCAAGUAAUGAGGCAAACAAAGAAACAAGAAGCCCCUAAUGGACAAGCGAAGCCCCAGUGCAUUGCAAACAAGCCAAUCAUGCCCAGAAAAGCUGAAUUUGAGCUGAGGAGAGCACCGAAAGUGGCUUCCGAGCAGAAAGCACUGAAACUGGCUUCUGAGCAGAAAGCGGCGUUUGGUGAGAGCAGAUUUAAAAAGCCACAAGAUUCUUCUACCGUUCAAAGAAAGCAGCCGAUGGUUCCAACGGAUAAAUCAAAGCUAUCUGAGGAAGCUUCGGUUCGAGCCAAGCUAGAGUUGGCCAAGCGGAAGCUUCACGAAGGUUACCAACAAGCAGAAAAUGCAAAGAAACAGCGAACAAUACAAGUAAUGGAGCUCCAAGAUAUCCCGAAACAAGCGCACCAAAAUCGAGUGCAGCAAAAUCGACAACCUAAUGUGAAACCAAAGAACCACAUUAGGAGUUGGGCGAACGGACGGCGCUGAUGAUAUGGAUAUUUUAGCUGAAGGUUCCAAUUGUUUUAUUUAGUGCUGACCCUCUCUAUCUGCGCCGCAAAAGAAGGUACAUGCCUGAAAGAACUCCAUCUACCAGCUUAAGCUAAGUCGUCGAUACAAAAAUGAAAAGAAAUUUUCCGAGACAUACUUUGAUCGUAGAGUGCCAUACAAGAUUAGGGUAUAAUAAGAGGCGAGUUACAUCGAGGCAUUUUAGGUUGUGGAAUAUAAUCAGACCAAUCAAAAUGGUCGGCCCAUUUUUCUCAUAAACUUGCUGGAAAAUAACAAUAUAAAAUUAAUGUAUCAUCAUCUUAUCUCUAUGAGGCAUUUUUGCUGUGCAGAACUUAAGAAGUCAUUGUGGUAUAAAUGCUUCUUUUGAGAGGGAGAUAUUAUGUCCUUUA